AUGGAAAAAACGGGACCACCAGAAGCAUCGGCUCCACCUUAUCUGGAAGCUGGAACUUCGUCUAUUCCUGGGGUAGCUAUUGGUGAACAACCUCCUUCAUAUGAAGCAGCGGCAGCAGCAUCAAAUUCGUUGUCUUUUUUAGCACUUCCUCCAACGUACCAGUCCUUGUACGGUGAGUUCCGAAAAGUUGACAACCCUCGAAGUUUAGCACAGUUCCUGGGAAAAGCUUUUACUGCGCUCAUUAAUACAGUAACUGCGGCAGUUACCAUAGCAUUUCUUAACAUAAUUCCACUCUUCAUGAUUGUCCUGGGCUCCAUUAAUCUUCAUGACUGCCAAGUGAAACCGAUGAUUCCUGUUUGGCUUGUAGUUGGUGGCGCUGCAUUCCUGCUGAAGAGUGCAAUUAAUUUUUUUCGUAUGAAAGUCUAUAAAGAAAGGUUGCAUAGGCAAACACCACCUGAUCAAGAAAUGCCUAAAAGUUGCAGAAAUCCUUUCAAAUUUGUUCUCUCAAUCUGUGCACUUUUUUCGGUCAUUUGGUUUGUAAUUGGUAUGUUUCUUUACCUUCUAAUUGAGAUUAAGAUUGUUUUGAAGUUAGAAAUAACUGUUACUGGUGAUGUAGAAAUUAUUUGCAGGCACUUUUUGGGUGUACAGCGUGUACCAUGA